GUUGGUAAACCGCUUGCAUCGCGUACAUAGUGCAUGAAGCUUCUUCCGCGGCACAGACCUUCGCAAGCCUCCGCAAGUACCACCGGCUUAGUACCACCAAGGACGCGGCCGCGAACAACCUCAAGAAAAUUGACGGAGCCGCGGAAAUUGAUCGACUAUUUUGGUCUGCAGUUCCGACAAAUUUCAUAAUGCGCGUCUUUAUUUUCGUUGCAAUUCUGUGCGCGGUUCACGUCGAGUCGCAGUUUUGGAAAUACCCCCAGCAACUGAUUUCGACCUGGCUGCGCCAGGGCAAAACCGGAAGUGAUAAAGUGACGACGAUUUCGCCGGCCACCGUGGCCAAAAUCACGACCAAACCUUCGGUCACCACCAAGGGAGUGCCCCUCAAAAGCGACAGCAAGAGGCCCACCAAGGCCAAAACCACGAUGGGGGUUACCACGGUGAAGACCACGAUGGUACCGGUGACAACCACGAAACACAACGGGACUGUCACUACCAGGAAAAUUAUUUCGACGUCCAGCGCUGCUACCGAGACUAGCACUAUCGUCGAAACUACCACCCAUGAAGUUACAGCUACGACGGAAGAACCAAGAGAAAAUCAAAGAACGCACGAUUUUUAUCUCAGCAAAAGGGAAAAGCCGCAAGUUAAAAUCGCCUCCAAUAUCAGCCAGAAUCUGUUACCCUUGCCUGCUGGAGCCAGUGCAGCUCUAGUCAAACCGACGAAAUACCAUUACUAUCCACACAAUCAACACAUAUAUCUCCUUCCAGAAUGCGCUAUUCAACAAGUGUGUAACGCCGUUUAUGUUAGAUUGAACUGGACGCAGCCUCUUUGUGCUUGUCCUUCGAGGUAUCGUGAUCCCUGCUCGGCAUCGCUCAAUUCCGAUGAUCAACACACGACUGAACUGAUGAUUGACAGGAAGUCUAGGCGUGCAUUGACUUUAGUGAAGACUUGCGAACCAACCUCGGAUAUGCGAAUAUGUCGCUCGCCCCGAGAUUGGUCACUCUUAGCCCUCCAGAACAUCCGAACCGGGAAAUCGCACUAUCUUGUCAUUUGUAGAUGUCCUGAAGUUAGUAUAUUGGAGGGACCGAUGUCGCAUGACCAGCCGACUUAUGCCAGCGUCCCUGGUAUCAGAGUCUACGGCAUGAUGUGCGUUGACGGCAAACGUCGUGGACGACCUUUAAGGUCCUCCCGGUCAGUUGAAACUCCUCCGUUCCCGUGGGAUAAAGCAGAAGAAUUAGCAAAAACAGCAUUGUGGGAUUAAUAAAUAGCAUAAUUGUGAUCUAGCAAUUUUCCCCGAGAUUUUCUUACAUUUAUUGUAGAUCUUAGUGUUUGUUGUGUUCUUAGCUAAAGACUCUUAAAUAAUGCGAAUUAAUUUUAGUCUUAUUCGCCAUGUUUAAAACAGCAGUAGUCGGAAUUUUAAUCCGAUAGCAUUAAAAUUGACGACUACUCUUUACUUAGAACCCUAUUUUGAAAGAAACAUUUUCAAAAUAUGGUUCCGUUUGUGUAAUUUUUUUAAACAUGGCUAGAUGGGUUAAUACACUACUAACUUUGGGGUGGACGGUUUAAACAAUUAUUUAUUUAAGUUAUUUUUAAUUUAUUUAUACUUUCCUGCUUUUUAUUUAUAUUUUUGUAUAUAUGACGCGACAAUAAAGAGAAAACUCAGA